AUGUUCCGUGUCGAACUCCUCCAACACAAAGGUGCGGCUCCAGCCCCAGGCUGGAGCUACGUCGCCGACCGAGCCUUCAACCCAGCCCAAGCCGCCAUGGCCCCAACACUAAGCCGCAAACGCGGAAUCCGCGACGCCGGUAAAGGAGGUGACAUGUCCUCACGACGAGCGAAUGCGAUUAUCCGCCACAUCGCUGAGCUAGACCGCGAAAACCAGCGCGACGUGUCGAUCCCCGUACCAGUGAAACAAGCAAAAGAAGCCGGAGCGCGCGGCACACGCGCAAAGACAACAUCAAAUGUGCGCCGAAUCCUACAAUCGCAAAAGACAUUCCGGAACCACCUUGAUGAUGAGGAAGCUGCGAUUCAUAAUAGCAGUGCUGCUGGUGGAGCGGGGGCCGGGGCUGGGCAGAAUAUGGUCGCAGCGGCCGCGAUGGCUAAAGGGAGUAAAGCUGCUGUUGCGGCGGCGGCAGCGAGACGGAGCUCGACGCCUGUUGUUGCCGGGUCUGCUGGAGCUGGAUCUGCGGCUGCAAAGAGGAAACGGGCUUUGGCUAUUGGGACAGCUGCUUCCACGCCUACGCCUGCGCCUUCUGUCCCUGAGACUCCUGCUACAGUUGCUACGGAUGUGGAGGGUGAAGAUGAUUCGGAGGGGAAGCAUAAGCUUUUGAAGACGGAGCAUGAUAAUGAUCCUCUUUUGCGGUCUUAUGCACCGACUAUGCCUUCUGAUCGUAUCAUUCAGCGUUUACUCGCUGAGCCGCCUUUAUCAUAUAAUGCGUCGCGGGUAGGCGCGCCAAUGUCGUCUCAAUCGCCGCGGCAUUUCUGCUGUAUGUGUGGAUAUUGGGGGAAGAUCCGCUGCAAGAGCUGUCACUUGCGCACUUGUGGGCUGGAUUGUUACCGUGUACACGAGGAUUCGAGGUGUGGUGCAUUCUUCUAG